AUGCAGACAGAUGAAGAGAGCGAGUUGAAGCAGGAAGUUGAGGAAGCGAAGCGAACGAUCGAGCAGCUGAAAAAGCAACUUGGUGUCAUGGAGCAGUUGCUGGAGCAAGAACGCAAUGCCCGUGUACGUGCCGAGUUCGUAGCUCAACAAGCAACGAAUGCAGCAGAAGUCGCGGCUCUAGCAGCGGUCAAUGCGCGAUCAGUCUCUGUAUUUCCGGACCAAGAAUCGAUCAGUAUGGAGAGAAUGUUACAACAAGAACGAGCAGCUCGUGAACAGGCGGAGCUUGCUGCAAAAAAUGCCGCAGUGGCAGCUCGUCAGCCUAAUCCAGCACCUCAGUAUACGAAUAGUAGACUUAAUUCUGCAAGCCGAUCAGAGGACUGUGAGAUGGAAGACGUAUCCAACUCACCCGUAGUGCCUGAGAAAUCUACCAGAGCUCUACCAUUACCUGUGCAUUCAGAGCUUUACGAACCCAAUAGGGCAAGACCAACUCCUCUUGUGGGGGACAAAAGGAUGUCUCUAGCAGACGCACGCAAGGCCGCUCAGGAAGAUAUGGAGAAGCGGAUCCAGGAACGCACCAAAGCUCUAUUAUUGAUGAAAUAG